ACACUCUCUUAUAAAUACAGACUGAAAAUACAGUUUAUUGUCAGUCCUUCAACCUCCAGUACCAGUGUGAUUUCAGUGCCAACUCUUGUCUGAGAAAAUGAAUGAUCCAGCAAAGAAACCGGAGGAGCCCACACCUGGGACUGAUGACGGGAAGAAGGGAAAAGGUGGAAAAGGAGGACACGGCCAUGGGCAUGGAAAAGCCUGCGAGCGUGGAGAUGACCAUAAAGGAAAAGAAGGCGAGCAUAAAGGAAAAGGAGGCGAGCAUAAAGGAAAAGGAGGCGAGCAUGGAGGAGAUCAUGGUGGCGACCAUAAAGGAAAAGGAGGCGACCACGGAGGAAAAGGAGGUCGUGGAGGACAUUAAAGAUUUAAUCAUGCACCAUUUGCAUCUGUUUAAUCACGGUAAUUACGGAAAAAACAUGUUGGGCGAUUUCUUAAAGUUUACAAAUCUCUAAUAAAACCUACUUAUAAAACAGAA